AUGAGCAGGCCUCAAGGCGGACGAAUCCAAGUCCCGGAUGACCUUAGAGAGAUCUUACUAGAAUUCACCAUAAGUUAUCUAUUGGAGCAGCCGGGAGACGUUAUCAACUACGCUGUUGAGUUCUUCACAAGGUUACAGAACAAUCGGACCACUACGAUAGUGCGAGGUCCGUCGGCGGGCACUCCCGAUGAAUCCAUAAUAUCAGAUGAAGAAGAGCCGCCGGUGGCGCGCUUCAAUAAUCGUCGUAAAUCCGUGUUCGCUGAGACCUACGACCCAGAAGAAGAUGAUUCUGAUGAAGGGGCUCCGGCAGUGUUCCCUAAAUCUGAUGCUCAAAGAGCCCGCCUGGCUGAUGCUGUACGCGGUAUACUACUCUUCCGCUCAUUAGAUGCUCAGCAGAUGCAACAAGUGUUGGACGCGAUGUUUGAGAAGCGUUCAGAGCCCGGCGAAUAUGUUAUCCGUCAGGGCGAUGAUGGUGAUAACUUCUACGUCAUAGAAAACGGAGUAUUUGAUGUACUGGUUACGGGAGACGAUGGCGUGGAGAAGGUGGUCCACACAUACGAGGGCUCCGGUUCUUUCGGUGAGCUAGCCCUGAUGUACAACAUGCCCCGCGCGGCGUCCGUGCGCGCGACCUCGCCCGGCGCGCUGUGGGCCAUGGACCGCCACACCUUCCGCCGCAUACUGCUCAAGAGCGCCUUCAAGAAGCGCAAGCUGUACGAGGAGCUGCUCGACAAGGUGCCCAUGCUGAAGGCGCUCCAGUCGUACGAGCGCGCCAAUCUGGCGGACGCCCUCCUGCCUCGCACCCUGAUCGACGGGGAGCUGAUCAUCCGUCAAGGAGACACGGCUGACGGGAUGUACUUCGUGGAGGACGGCUCCGUCAGCAUCCGUAUCGCGAGGGAUGAUGGAAACGAGCACGAGAUCAAGAGACUUGGUAAGGGAGGUUACUUUGGCGAGCUGGCUCUAGUAACCCAUAAGCCUAGAGCUGCUUCCGCUUACGCUGUUGGACCCACGAAGGUCGCAUUCCUGGACGUGGAGACGUUCGAGCGCCUGCUGGGUCCCUGUAUGGAGAUCAUGAAGCGGAACAUUGACGACUACGAGGAGCAGCUCGUGAAGCUGUUCGGAGACAAGAGCAACCUCACCGACGUGCGAUGA